AUGGCAACCUCGAUUAUCAGACAACCGGAUGUGCAACAAGUCCUAGGACCUGUUUUACCCUCACUACCUGCCGCCGCACUAUCAGUAUCGCCAGCGGAAACCGUAUUGCCUCUUCUCUCCCCCAUACUUAGGCAACGCGUGCAAUUAUUAUCAAACGCUUCCAGUCAAGACCCAUGGAUUCGAUUAUUAUGUUAUGAACCAUCCAAGGUACCCAGAUUGACUGAGAUCGCCCAGAGUGAAGAACUACAACCACAUCCUGUUUCAGGCGAAUUGGAAAUUGAUUGGGAUUAUGAUUCCGAGAUUCAGUAUCGACGAGUGGACGAGGAAACUCUCCAAGCAUUCGUCGUAUUUAAAGAGUUGGGAUUAACGUUUCGAUUGGUGUAUUGUAUUGGUGAUCCUGUAGGAGACGGCUGGAAGGUUGGCGAAGUCAGCGUCGCCGAAAAGUCGUCUCCAUUUUCUUCUUUUGGGGGUGUCUCGAGUAUCGCGGAGGCAGAAAAACAAUUCAAGGAUUCACAAUCAAAAAGUACACAGAGCAACGGCAUCGUAAAUGGUCGGAAUGCUCUAGAAGAGGAGGAUGACGGCGACGAUGACGACUACUGGGCGAGAUACGAUUCGACACCUGCAAGAACACCUGCUAUUAAACAAUCACCCGCACCACAGACAAUGCAGCGUGUCCACCAAACAGCAGAAGAGGAGGAAAAUUAUUACGCGCAAUAUGAUGACGUCCAACCAGCCAUGGACAACCAUGAUCCGGACGAAGAGGUAAACCUACCCGACAUCGCACCACCUCUAGGAUUGGCUUCAAGGCCAGCAAGCGAUGAUGAGGAAAUAGACGGAAACGAAACUCAAGGAGCAUGGACACUUGCAAACCCAGAAAGGUCGUCUUCGAUCCACUCAAGAAGUGGUGACGACCUAAACAUAAUUCACCCGCAUCCGAGACCAGCAUCAAGCGCAGGGUCUAACGCGUCAGUCGAAAAACUCGAGGCCCUAGCAGCGAAACAAGAACAAAACGACUUCGGAGUCAAACAACACGUCUCUCGAAGCAUCAAGAGCUUAUUUAUGUUGUCUCGCGCAUCAGGAAUCGAUCGCGAGGAAUUCGAACGAUUGAUCAAGACGGAAUUAGAUAUGCUAGGAUUGAUGGAGGAUUGA